AUGGAGACCUGCCUCUUGUGUCUGCCCCAGAAGCUGCUCUUGAUGGGGGUGGCUGCCUUGACCAUGUCUGCUCUGGAGACAGCUGACCUGGUGGACCUCUGCGGACAGACGUGGCAGGGGGAUAGGCUACUGUUGCCUUCACACUCUGAGUCACACAGGUUCUACUUCAUGGCCCGUGACACUGACUGCAGGCUCUGGAUGUGGGCAGAGGCCCCUGGCAACAGGAUCAGCUUCCAGUUCCACUUCAUCCUGGUCUACAGCCUGCCACCUGCAACCCCAGUGCCCCUGGUGUCCCUGAUGCUCAACACCUCUUCCCUGGAGUGGGACCCCUGUGCCCGUGGCUCCUACCUGCAGUUCUAUGAGGGCCCACCAGAGACACCCCAGCCUCUGGGGGCCCCUCUCUGUGGCCUGACAAUUCCUGUCCCAGUGACAUCUUCUGGACCCUCCCUGGGCCUGCGCCUUGUCACUAGAGGCCACCAGCCUCAUGUGGACUUUGUGGGCGAAGUCACCUCUUUCCAGUUAGAAUGGGACGCUAGGGAGAAGGCAGAGGUCCUGGGGAUGUCCCGAGACACUGGUGUGGUGGAAAGAGGGUGGGCUUUGAAGAUCGACAAGGCUGACUUCAAACCUCAGUGCUUCCCCUUCCUAAUGGUCCUUCCCCAGUGUCUAGCCAGGCCCAGAGCACAGAUGGCGGCAACCCUCUGCCCGAUUCUCUUCCCGGUGCUUGGGUCUGCAGGGCCCCUUGGGAUUGCCACCAAGAGAUCUUCUGCAGGCCAGGACCCUGUUCUCCAGGAUGCAACAAAAGAUCCCCAGCUGUGGAAGACGGCACUGGCCUCCUCAGUGUUCCUGGCUUCCACUGGCCUCCUUCUUGGCCUCUUCUGGUGCUGUUGCUUCCCCUGCCAGCUGGCCGGGUGGGCAGGGGCCCAGGGACACUGUUUCAGCUACAGUGCAGCCUGCACCGCCUGCUAUGCAUGUCCUGGCCAGGCUGCCCCUGAGGAGCUGCGGCCAAGUGGGCCAGCCUUCUAG